CUCCGAUAUCCUCAUCACAAUUUCUGUGAAAAAUUAAGGCUUAGUGGUGUGGCAGUAUAGAUCUUGAAAUUUUUCUUUUUCAUUUUAUCAAAAUUUUAUUUUGAAAUAGUACAUAAGUAAAAGUUAUCGAACGGUUAAUGUUAUCUAUCAGCAACAUUUUUAAUUUUUUAAUUAAAUAAUCUCAACAACCCCACCGAAUCUCUCAAAUCCUCUCAUAUAGCCGUGGCUAUUUUUGUUGAUUUAUUUAUUUUAUUCAAAUUAUUUUGCUUUUCAUUUUGAUUUUUAUUUUCUUCUGAUUCGCUCAACCGUUAGUGUUGAAAAAUAAACCAGUUGAAGGGACUUGUUGCGUUCCCUUUAAUUUCUAACUUUGUCUAAGAAUACUUACCGACUACACUAGACCAGUCACGGUUGGAUUAAUCGACAGUGAUAAAAAGUCUAAUAAUAAAGUUAUGUCUUCUGCAUUUUGCUACUAAGAUUAUUCAACAACUUCUGGAGAGUAUAAUUAUUCAACAAGUUCUGGAUAGUUCAUGAUGUCAGUGAUGAUGAAGUUGUUACCGUCAUUGCCAUCUGCAAUCUGUUUCAGCACCAAAUUUUGGUAAUAACGAAGACAAGAUUGCGAAAAUUCUAUUAAUGAGCAUAUAAGAGCAGGUUGGGUUUUUGAAUUCCCACCAUCGUCAUUGCAUAGCUUAUACAGAGACAAUGGCUGAAUCAUAUCCAAUGAAAGGAGGAGAUGCUGACUACAGCUACUACAAAAAUUCCUUCUUUCAGAGAGAAGCCAUUAAUACUGCCAAAAGAUUGAUUGAUGAGACAAUUGCUCAUAAUCUUAACAUAAAAGAUCUCCUUUUUGGUUCUUCAAGCUCAUUUAAUAUUGCGGAUUUGGGAUGUUCAGUUGGGCCAAAUACCUUUAUUUGCAUUCAGUUGGGCCAAAUACCUUUAUUUGCAGUGAAAUAUAAGUGUCAAUCUCAAGGUCUUGCUUCCCGAAUUCCUGAAUUUCAAGUGUUCUUCAAUGAUCAUGUCUUGAAUGAUUUCAAUACCCUAUUUAGAUCUCUGCCUCCAGAAAGUGGAUAUUUUGCUGCUGGUGUGCCCGGUUCAUUCCACGGCCGUUUAUUCCCCAGGUCCUCUCUUCAUUUCAUUCAUACUUCCACUGCAUUACAUUGGCUAUCUCAGGUGCCAGAAGAGAUUCUAGAAAAGAACUCUCCUGCUUGGAACAAGGGCAGAAUUUUCUACACUAAUGCCUCAGCUGAAGUAUGCAAAGCAUAUGCCACCCAGUUCGCAAAGGAUAUGGAGAUAUUUUUAGAUGCUAGAGCUAAAGAGCUUGUGGUUGGUGGGAUUGUUGUGAUCAUGGUGCCAACCAUCCCCGAUGGGAUUUCUCAUUCUUGUGAAUCUUGUAAUGUGUUGUUUGAUCUUCUAGGAUCUAUCCUCAUGGAUAUGGCUAAAGAGGGAUUGGUGAGUGAAGCACAAGUGGACUCUUUUAAUCUGCCCAUGUAUAUUCCGCAUGCUAAGGAGAUGAUAGAACUUGUAGAAAGAAACAGAUGUUUCAAUAUUGAGAGAAUUGAAUCAUACAAGUUUUUAUCUGGUUUUGAUACUGACAAAGCACUGGAGGGUGAAGAAGUGCAAGUGACGAGAGAAGUGCAAGUGGACUCGUUCAAUCUUCCCAUUUAUAUUCCAUCUGCUAAGGAGAUGACAGAACUUGUAAAAAGAAACAGUUGCUUCCUUAUUGAGAGAAUUGAGUUAUUUAAAGCUUUUUCGGCUAUUGAUGUUAUGACCAACGGAAAAACAUUGACAAAGCACUGGAGAGCUGCAUUGGAAGGAAUUAUUAGCAAACAUUUUGGAAGUGGGAUUGUAGAUGAAUUGUUUGAUCGGUUUCUUAAGAAGAUGCAAGAAUUUUCCUCCCAGGUGCAGGCCAGCUUAACUUAAGCUUUUCAAGUAUUUUUGGCUCUGAAACGUGUGUAAUGUUCGAUCUUCUGUGAUGUAGUCUGAUUUAAAAGUCAUUUUCUGUCUAAAGUUUUCUUGUUCACACGUGCAAGACUAGCUUUUCAAUGUUAAAUAAGUCUGCGACACUCGUAAGAAUGUCAAUGUUGAUAAGAAAAUUGUGAACGAGAGACUUGACUUUUUUCUGAA